AUGGACGGCGGAGAUUAUGUGAGCAUCCAUGUCGGUAAUCUCGCCCAACCGACAACCAAACAAGCCUUCAAACCAUACGAAAAAGAAAGAACCUACCAACAGUGUCAAUAUAAAGAUAAAGACAAGGAGAAAAAACCAAUAAAACAACGCCGUGCGGAAAUUGUAUCCACGAAAAAAAGCAAAAUUAUUAACCUAGGUAUUGCUGUGAGAAUCACUUCUGGAGAGAUUGGAUAUUACGUAUACGGUUGUCCCUCACGAUUCGACGAGGAUAGCGCGAGUGAGGCGAAAAACAAAAACAAAAAAAGAACUCCAACCAAAAAUAGUGUGAGAACCGACGACCCACACAACAAGCUACAUGUACUAGAGGACAAACGACACUGGAAUAAUCCACAAGUGGAAUGUUUGGAAUGUUGGAAAUAA